AGCAGGUAGCACGCGCGGUUACCAGGGUAACGAGCGCGGCCCCGGCUCCUGUCAGCCAGUCAGUCAGGCCGGGGUAGGGAUGGAGACCACUGGGAACGGAGCACCGGGGAUCGGGGGCAGCUCUCCGGCACCUGACGAGGAGCCCCCGCCGCCGAUCAGGGACAGGCUGGCCGGCAUGCAGAAGGGGAACAGCGUGUGCUCCCGCUCCUACUUCGUGGUGGUCAUGGUCUUCGUGCACGUCUACAUCCUGAAUGUCAUCGCGCUGCUGCUCUACGUCUACUACAGCAACGGCGGCCAGGACGGAGCGGACACUUCGGGGGCACCGGCCGCCUCCAGCUCAGUCUCCUCCACACCGGCCCCGGAGCACAGAGCUCGCCACAGGCAGGAGGACGGCUACCUACCCCGGCUGGAGGGCAUCAAGGUCGGCUACAAACAGAGGAUUGAACUGGUCAAUAGCAGAAUGCAUGAGAUGAAGACGCUGAGCCUGAAGCCCCUGCUGUUCGAAAUCCCAAACUUUUUGUCAGAAAAAGAGUGCAAGCUCCUCAUCCACCUGGCCCAGUUAAAAGGACUCCAAGCCAGCCAGAUUCUGCCUGUGGACAGCUACAAGGAAGCCAUGGAAAAUCUAGAGAUAAGCAAGGCUGACCUCUUUAAUCUGUUGGAUCACAAUCAAGAUGGGCAGCUUCAGAUAAAAGAGGUUUUAACCCAUUCUCGCCUGGGGAAUGGAAGGUGGAUGACACCUGAGAAUAUUCGGGAAAUGUAUACGGCGGUGAGAGCAGACCCAGAUGGAAAUGGUGUCCUCAGUCUGGAGGAGUUCAAGAAACUAAACCUCAGGGACUUCCACAAGUACCUGGGCAACCGAGAGAUCACCAUGAACGACUUGGUGAGGAACAGUCAGCACACCUGGCUGUACCAGGGAGAGGGCGCCCACCAGGUGCUGAGAUCCAUACGUCAGAGAGUCAUCCGGUUAACCCAUCUGCCCCCAGACGUGGUGGAGAACAGCGAGCCCCUGCAGGUGGUGAGGUACGACCCUGGCGGCCAUUACCAUGCCCACAUGGACAGCGGGCCAGUGUUUCCCGAGACGGCAUGUGCCCAUACCAAGCUGACGACCAAUGAAAGUGCCGCAUUUGAAACCUCCUGUCGGUAUGUGACGGUUCUUUUCUAUUUAAACAAUGUCACCGGGGGUGGCGAGACGACAUUUCCAAUCGCAGAUAACAGGACCUAUGAAGAGAUGUCUUUAAUCCAGAAUGACGUUGAUCUGAGAGACACGCGGAAACAUUGUGACAAGGGGAACUUGAGAAUUAAGCCUCGGCAAGGAACAGCUGUCUUCUGGUACAAUUACCUGUCUGAUGGCAAAGGCUGGGUGGGGGAUUUGGAUGAGUUUGCGCUCCACGGCGGCUGCCUCGUGACAGAGGGAAUCAAAUGGAUUGCCAACAACUGGAUCAACGUAGAUCCCAACAAGAGCCGUCAGCUGUGGUUCCAGCAGGAGAUGGCCCGAUACGCCAAAGAGGACCAAGAAGGCCAGAAGGAGUGGACAGUAGAUAAGUCAUACAAGGACAUCCACAUGGACUUAUAACAGGAGGACAGCAUGGCUGGAGGUAGACGUGGGUGCCGAGCACGGCCAUCGCUUACCCCGUCAUUUACACGCCCUGUUCUUCUUCUUCCACUUCCUUUGAGGAUUCGGUAGGGCUGUCAUCCAGGCUCAGUGCCACAGGGAGGCGCCGGUGAGAAGGGUCUGCAUGGCUGUAUACAGGGGGUACAGUAGAGAGGGGCCCUGUGUGGUCAGGGCAGCGACAAUGAAGUCACACUGAGCUAGAUUCACUGGCUUCGCGUUACGAGUCUGGGUCCAUGUGCCCAGGUUCCGUUUUUCUUUUGUUUGUUUUUUUGCAGCAUUUUCAAUAUCGCUUGUCCGAAGACCCUCAAUCACCAUCAAAAAUGACCAUUCAUAUCACCCGUGAGUGUGGACAACCGAUGGAGAACCUCCACCAGGAGUAUCUAAAAUGACCAUUUUGUCUGUUCAAUGGAGUUGCCGGCUGCCUUGUCCCUAUGACAACACUUCCAGUUCUGUGCUCUAGGGGGCCAGCAUUAUUAUAAGGGAUAGAAAUCAUGAUCAGUGUCCACAUCGGAUAUCGGUAAGAACACUAACUGUCGAAAGGUAAGGACCAGGGUUUAGGAUCUAUGCAGGCUUCUACAAGACACUCUGGAUCUUCAGUAUUUAAUAUCUUGGACCCCAGAAAGUUGUAAAAUUUCGACAGAGAACAUAGCAAAGGGGCUUUUAUGUCCACCAUUGUCGGGUUCAGACCCAACAUUCUGCACUGAUUAAUCUUUGACUAUAUCUUUAAAGCGGACAAAUCCCCCACAUGGACAUAGAGGUGACUGAUAAAAUUCUGUAUUCCUGCAGUCACCACUAGGGGGCGCUCACUGUAUGUAUAUAUUAUACGUUGAGUGCCCUCAACUGGUGGUUGCAGGGAGAAUGAAUUUUAUUAUUUUAAUGCUAUGCAGAUGUUUGGUGUGGGAAAAA